AGCAGCCUGUGUGUCCGAUGAAAUAAUACAAAAAAGGUUCUGUGCUUAGACUUCACUGUGAGCUCUGUUUCAUCUUCUCUCUUCCAUCACCAUGGCAUUUUGCGGCUCCUUCCUUAAGCCAAACCAGCCAAUCACUCAGAGUCGUAAGACUCCGACUCCAAUUCAUGGUGGUAAAAAGCAGUUCUUAGUGAGGUCCUCGGAGAAUAGCUCCGGCGGCCAGGAGAGGACGAGGAUAAGGAAAGUUGGUGAUGUGUGGAAGAUUAAUUACGCAGAACUGAGACCGGAAACGCCAUUGCUGGACACUGUCAACUUCCCUGUUCAUAUGAAGAAUCUGUCCAAGCAGGAUCUUGCGCAACUCGCAGCUGAGUUGAGGGCAGAUAUCGUACACAGUGUUGCAAAUACUGGAGGUCAUCUUAGCUCAAGCUUAGGAGUGGUGGAGCUUGCAGUUGCUCUGCAUCAUGUUUUUAACACCCCCGAUGAUAAAAUUAUAUGGGACGUUGGACACCAGGCAUACCCGCACAAAAUCCUCACAGGUCGGAGGCACAAGAUGCAUACCUUGAGGAAAACUUCUGGGCUGGCUGGAUUUCCCAAGAGGGACGAGAGUGUUCAUGACGCUUUCGGGGCAGGACAUAGUUCGACGAGCAUAUCUGCUGGUCUUGGGAUGGCUGUUGCGAGGGAUCUUCAGGGAAAGGACACUAAAAUCAUUUCAGUGAUUGGAGAUGGGGCCAUGACUGCUGGUCAAGCUUACGAAGCCAUGAACAAUGCCGGAUUCCUCGACGCCAACCUUGUCAUUAUUCUUAAUGACAACAAGCAAGUCUCCUUGCCAACUGCUACCCUUGACGGCCCUGCAAAUCCAGUUGGAGCACUCAGUGUUUCUUUGAGCAAGAUUCAAGCCAGCAAGACAUUCCGCAAACUCAGAGAAGUUGCAAAAACUAUUACGAAGCAGAUAGGACCGCAAACACAUAAAGUUGCAGCAAAAGUGGAUGAGUAUGCUAGAGGAAUGGUGAAUGCUAAUGGGUCAACAUUUUUUGACGAGCUAGGGUUGUACUAUGUCGGGCCAGUGGACGGUCAUAAAUUGGAAGAUCUGGUCGACAUUUUCCAGAAAGUGAAAGCCAUGCCAACACCAGGUCCAGUUCUGAUACACGUUGUGACAGAGAAAGGGAAGGGGUAUGCCCCAGCAGAAGUUGCACCUGAUAAAAUGCAUGGUGUUGUCAAGUUUGACCCGAGAACAGGCAAACAGUUCAAGCCAAAAUCUGAUACACUUUCCUAUACCCAGUACUUCGCUGAAUCUUUGAUCAAGGAAGCUGAACAAGAUAGCAAUAUAGUUGCUAUUCACGCGGCCAUGGGUGGUGGCACGGGGUUGAAUUAUUUUCAGAAAAAAUUCCCAAAACGUUGCUUUGAUGUGGGUAUUGCUGAGCAACACGCCGUCACAUUUGCUGCUGGCUUAGCCACAGAAGGUCUCAAGCCAUUCUGUGCUAUCUAUUCAACAUUUCUUCAAAGAGGAUAUGAUCAGGUGAUCCAUGAUGUAGAUCUUCAGAAACUACCGGUCCGGUUUGCUUUGGACAGAGCCGGAUUGGUCGGUGCAGAUGGACCGACUCAUUGUGGAUCCUUCGAUAUCACUUAUAUGGCAUGCUUGCCCAACAUGGUCGUUAUGGCUCCAUCCGAUGAAGCUGAACUGAUGCACAUGGUUGCAACUGCAGCAGCCAUUGAUGACCGUCCAAGCUGCUUUAGAUUUCCUAGAGGAAAUGGUGUUGGAGCUGUUUUGCCACCCAAUAACAAAGGAACCCCAUUGGAGAUAGGAAAAGGAAGAAUACUGACAGAAGGAACCAGAGUUGCAAUUCUGGGAUAUGGAUCAAUGAUUCAACAAUGCCUGCAAGCUGCAAAGAUGCUCGCCACACAAGGUGUAUCUGUGACAGUGGCUGAUGCUAGGUUUUGCAAGCCUCUUGAUACUGAUCUGAUUAAACGAUUAGUGAAGGAGCAUGAAAUUCUACUCACAGUGGAAGAGGGCUCUAUAGGAGGUUUUGGAUCUCAUGUUUCCCAAUACCUGAGCCUGGCUGGCUUUCUAGAUGGACCCUUGAAGUGGAGAGCCAUGAUGCUUCCUGACAGAUACAUCGAUCAUGGAUCGCCCCAAGACCAGAUUGAUGAAGCUGGUCUUUCAUCGAAACAUAUCGCCACAACAGUCCUGUCUCUUCUUGAGAGGCCAAAAGAGGCUCUUCUCUUCAAGUGAAAGGCACAAAAGCACAACGGCUCAUCGAGGAAGGUUAAGUGGAUCCGCCAUUGAUGCACCUAUAGAUAUUACAGAGGGCAACAAUGAUUAUAGGGCAAUGAAGGCACAAAGUGGCUCUAGAGUACUUAUCUGACGGGACUGAAAACGCAAUAUCGUGUUUUACCUUUUUGUACUUCAUUUGAACCGUUGUAAUUAGCAGUGCCUUUGAAAAAUAAAUGAUCGUUCAAUAAGUAAUAAUAAGCUCUGUUUGGUAA